CAGAAUCGGACCCCGUCCAGCCAUUCUCACCCUGUACAGGGAAAAGCUUCACGCGUGGAGAGGGCACGAGUGCGUGCGUGCGUCAGUGGAAAGCGCUCGCGAUUCGUGAUACCUCACGCUGAAAUCCGCGCGACGCGUUUCGUUGGGAAUAUUCGCUUUUCCCGAUGGAUUUUCCAUGUGUUAAAGUUUGAUUGAGCGCGAUCAGUGGGGUGGACAUCAGGCCCACUGUCACUCGUGUGUGUGUGUGUGUGUGUUUGUAAAGCAGCAGAUCUGGAGUGUUUGUGUGUCAUUAAAGGAAUAUGUUCGCUUCCCGCCUCACUUUUGCACUUCUUCUGGGAACUUUCUGUGCAGGACCCAGCCAUGGUGAGGUGGAGACCAGUGAAUGUUUGUACUUCAACGUCAACUGGGAGAUUGAGAAGACGAAUCGCAGCGGUGUGGAGCGAUGUGAGGAUGAGAAAGACAAACGCUCUCACUGUUACGCAUCAUGGAGGAAUAACUCGGGAAGUAUUGAGCUGGUGAGGAAGGGCUGCUGGCUCGAUGACUUUAACUGUUAUGACAGGCAGGAUUGUGUGGCCACGGAGGAAAAUCCUCAGGUGUUCUUCUGCUGCUGUGAAGGAAACUUCUGCAAUGAGCGCUUCACACAUCUUCCUGAUGUCAUCGACGGUCCAGAAAUCGAGGCUCCGCCCUUCAUGCCGUCUCUGUUGAAUGUUCUGAUAUAUUCUCUGCUGCCCAUCACCAUGCUCUCCAUGGCUCUGCUGUUGGCCUUCUGGAUGUAUCGGCACCGUAAGCCGCCCUACGGACACGUGGACAUCAGUGAGGAUCCUGGUCCAACUCCUCCCUCACCGAUAGUGGGACUGAAACCUCUACAGUUAUUGGAGAUUAAAGCCAGAGGUCGUUUCGGCUGUGUGUGGAAGGCUCAGAUGAUGAAUGAUUAUGUAGCUGUGAAGGUUUUCCCCAUCCAGGAUAAGCAGUCAUGGCAGAACGAGCGAGACAUCUUCUCCACGCCAGCCAUGAAACACGAUAACAUCCUCUACUACAUCGGCUCUGAGAGACGCGGAUCAAACCUGGAGACUGAAUUUUGGCUGAUCACAGAGUUUCAUGAGAGGGGUUCUCUGUCAGAUUAUCUGAAGGGGAACGUGGUGAGUUGGAACGACUUGUGUCGCAUCGCUGAAACCAUGGCGUGCGGCCUCGCGUACCUUCAUGAAGACGUGCUGAGGUGUAAAGGAGAAGGUCCAAAACCCGCCAUAGCUCACAGAGACUUCAAGAGUAAAAAUGUGAUGUUGAAGGCAGAUCUCACAGCUGUUAUUGGGGAUUUUGGUCUGGCGGUUCGGUUUGAACCUGGUAAACCUCCAGGAGACACACAUGGUCAGGUGGGUACGCGGCGGUACAUGGCACCUGAAGUGCUGGAGGGUGCGAUCAACUUUCAGCGAGAUGCAUUUCUGAGGAUAGACAUGUACGCCAUGGGUCUGGUGCUGUGGGAGGUUGCGUCGCGCUGUAAAGCCGCUGAUGGUCCUGUAGACGAGUACAUGUUGCCGUUUGAGGAGGAGAUCGGACAGCAUCCGUCACUGGAGGAUCUACAGGAGGUGGUGGUUCAUAAGAAGAUGCGGCCGGUGUUUAAAGACUCCUGGUUAAAGCAUUCUGGCCUGGCGCAGAUGUGCGAGACGAUAGAGGAGUGCUGGGAUCACGACGCGGAGGCCAGACUUUCGGCGGGUUGCGUGGAGGAACGCAUCUCUCAGAUUCGCCGCGCGACCAGCGGCUCUACCUCAGACUGCCUGGUUUCCAUGGUGACGUCCGUCACCAACGUGGACCUGCCACCCAAAGAGUCCAGCAUCUGAUUCACGACGUCACGCGCAAGCAAACGAAACAACCCUCGUCUUUCCAAACUCAGUGAAUCUCAGUAACAUUGAAGCAGCUGCUAUUUUAUCCGAACGUUUUUUUAAGGUUAUUAUUAUUAUUAUUUUCAUUUUCCUGAUCGGAUCAGCAACUACCAGCACACCUUCUCUACUGUAUUUUUAUCGUUGAGAGAUACAAACGGAGAGGACGUCUCGACGCGCAUUCAGGUCCCGACAAAUGAAUGCAGGCCGUGCAGGUACCUCCACGUUUCGCUUCUGCCGUUCGGUUUUUCAUUCGAUUGUUUCUCUCGCCUGUGAUGACCGACCAUUACAUCACCGUGUGGAUUUAUUCGACACUGCUGCAAACCCACGAGGAACAUGUUAUGACUGUUACACGCGCAAUUGAUAUUCCUCGUGGGAUUCACUUUUUUAGUUUUCUCUUUCCGACAGUGUGUGCUAUUCAAAACUACGGAAAACUUGUCUUUACGGAACUAACGGGUGUCAAAGAACACGGAAAAGACAACUGGAUGAAUUUCUUUCUUUUUUUGUGGUAUUGAAAUUGGUGACUGAAAUGAGUUUGGAUUUGGCUGAAAUCUCUCCGCUGGAUGAUGUUAAGCGGAUUGCGUAUAGAAAUAUGUGAGGUGACGAGAACGUUUAGUUUGGUGCGUAAACCUUUCUCAGGUAUUUUGUGUCAAGAGUUUGUGGGGUCCAUGACUGCCUUUCCCACAUCAUCAAUAGGACAGAAAUAUAAUGGUGCCCUCAACACUAAUUAUCAAAACAAAACAUGCAAGACCGUGCGCGCGUGUGUGUGUGUGUGCGUUUGUGUGUGUGUUUGUUCUGUCUGUAAUCUGUUGUUAUAAUGCGACAUGUGUUUUGGAUUUUGAUGGACUCGUAUCGUACAGAGCAGAAUCAUCUCUCUGAUUCAGACUUCAUGAAACAUGUCCGACUCAUAUUUCACCUCAACAUCAAAUGAUAAAAAUAAUAAAAUAAUAUUUUGCAUACAGACAUUGAAGCCUGUUUGAAGGACCAUUAGUAUUUUUUGCAUUGUGACACAUUAUUAAUCUUUACCUUGUUCUUUGUGUAAUGCUCAUCCUGUUCUUGUUAUUGUAAAAAAUAAUAAUUUAGUGCUACGCAAAGAUAAAUCGGGAUUAAUCGCAUACAAAGUAAAAGUGAAUUUUUGCAUAACAUAUCAUUUAAAAUAUAUAUUAGCAAAAUUGGGUAAUCACGAUUAAUCUUUGCCCAGCACUAAAAAUAUUGUUAGUAUGAUUUUUUUUAAAUAAUAAGUACAACAAAUAUGAUCACAAUGUGUAGAAAAUUUUAAAAGUAGAAAGUAAUAUCACAAUGCAUAAAUUGUUAAGUCUUUAUGCAGAACUUCUUAUUUUUUUUCGUAUGAUUUGGGGGUGAAGUAUGAUCUGCUCAUGUGUCGGGUUCCUACAUUUAUUACCUUUUUAUAACGGGGACCAAAUCUGAAUUUUAACAUCUUGCAAUAUCAAUUUGGAGGCUAAAAAUUUGAUAACUUUCACUUUGUGAAAACGAUAAAAUGAACACAGAAGAAUAAUAUUUAUUUUGUCUUAGACUGUAAUCCACAUUUUCAUAUGCCAUAAUUCAAGAGAGAAGUGCUGCUGUUUGGAUGAAAUAUGCUGAUAGCUUCUGGUUUCUCCUCAGUAACAUCAUCCUCAGAUGUGAUCGCGCCUCACCAGAAAUAAAAAAGCUUCCGAGACGAAAAAAAAACGCAACUCGAAACAAUAAAAAAUUAGUUGUAAAAUGACAAAAAAAAGUUCAUAAACCACAGACCACCUCAGACCAGAAAUACCUCAGAUUUUCUAAGUGUAUGACUUCUGUUAUAUAUUUUGUUAGUUGUGUUGUAGUAAGUAUAUUUUGGUGUAAGUUGGAUUUUAUGAUAGGGAAAUCAUUUUGGAGAAGUAAAAAAAAACAUAGUGAAAAACGUCCAAAAUCUUUUAAGAAGUGCUAGCAGGUUUCUGUUGUAUAAAUGAAAGGAGCCCAUGAUGUAAAUAGCUGUAUACACUUCUGGGCAUCGUUCUUCAUUCGAGCUAAGCUAAGCUAUCUUCCUGUACGCUUGCGUCAUGGGACAUUGAACCUUAACUAUUUGGCGCUUCUUCCAAAAACUCAAACGGAUCGCCCCUUUUUUUAACAUUUUUGCACAAUUUUAUACGUAACCCUCUGAAUUUGUUACGAGGGACAAAAUUUUCAAAAGCCGACUUAUGAAUUUACUGUGAAGCUAAGUGAUGACGUCACUUCACCCUUACCAAAUUACAUUCGCCCAAAUUUUGACGUCGACGCGAAUUCAGGCUCGUUCGAUUCAAAGGCGUUUCAAACGGAGCGAGCUUUUAUUUUAGGGCCAAAUAAAGGUUUGGUGUCCCUACAGUGCCAUUUCAUUCUCUGCUCUCUGUACCCAUAAUGCAUUGCAGCGGUUGCUUCUUGUUUCCUCAGAGCUUUAAGUUUUUCUUGAAUGGUGCCAUAUAUCACAAUCCAGGAGCGAGACCGAAUGUUCUCAAACUAUCUUUGCUCUCCUGCUCCAGCAUUGUUCUUUACGUUCCUCGGCUGAUUUCAGUUCAGUGAGAUCACGUGUAGAUGCCGUGGUGAAUCUCGUUCUUCUGCAUGUAGCAUGCGUUCUCAAGAUGACUUUUAAAUGUUUCCGUGUCGCCCCUUUUCCAAGCUUUGCCAAGUCUGGGCCAGUGAAGUGUACGAGUACUGUAUAUUCUUAUCCACUUUCCAUCGAUACUUUCAGGAAAAUUGUAUUUUCUUCAGGUUACUACGGUACGGAUGCCACUUUAGAAAGAAGGAAAGUUUGGAUGAUUCUGCAAACUUGGCUCUGAUAUGUAGCAAGCAAUAUCUGCAGCAAUAGUUUGUGUUUGUUUCUUUCUCUGUAGAUCCUCGGGCAUUGAUAGAAACCUUCAGGCCACCUACAGUACCAAAAUCAUUUGAUAACACGGAUGGAAACUGUUUGUUAUGUUUUAAUGAACUGAUCUUGUUUUAUUUCAAAUAACAUAUGUAGCCAAAUUCCUUGCAUUUUUACAUCUGCAAGUUUAUAACCAAAGGGUUUGAUUUCUAACACGAGUUGAUUUGUUUUUAAGUCUUGAAAAGCAGAAAUUCUCAGUGUUCUCAUCAUCUUUCAUUUUCUCUUUCUGCUCUGUUGAGUUUUCCUUGAUAGACAGCGGGAAUGAAAGGGAUGUUUUAAGUUUAUAUGCAUCAUAUUUCUGACAGUCUUUUGGAGAUUUUUAUCUGGAUUGACCAGCGAGAGCUCAUUGUUGGAUCAUAUGAGAUGUGAUUUAUGCAAUACACUUUAACACUUCAUUAUGCACUAAAACACUCAGUAUUUCUCAAGUAUGUCAUCACGUCUGCUCUUACACGAGAUCUCCAGGGUUUUUUUGUUUUGUUGUUUAUUUAAGUGUAAAUCUGAUGAAACCUGUCAAGAACAUACAGAGUCAUAUUUCUCCUCAUUUCAAGAAAUUAUACUUUGCAUAUAAAAACAUUUUAAUGUUUUAAUAUAAAUGAUUUAUUGUAAUAUCAUAAAAUGUUUUUAAUUUGUCAGGGUCAUAAAUGUCACAAUGCAAACAUUAUACUGGUUUUAAACGUAAGCUAAAUUUCUAAGAUACAAAAUAUAUUUAUCAUUUUACCUUUAAAUGAUUUUGAGAUGAAAUUCAACCCAAAUAUUCUUGACAGAUUUUGUGAGAUGUUUAAAUAAGGGGAUAGUUCACUGAAAAAUACAAAAUCUGUCAUCAUUUACUCCAAACCCUGUACACGUCUUUAUUCUGCCCAACACAAAUCAAGAUAUUCUGAAAAAUGUUGCAAACACGCUGCAAAAAUUAAUUACUUAGUAUUUUUGUCUUGUUUUCAGUACAAAUAUCAAACAUUUCUUAAAUCAGUGGUUCCCAAACUUUAUCAGCGUGUGGCCCCCCUUGUGUACAGUGCAUUCCUUCGCGGUUCCCCAAAGAAAAUUUGUGACAAAAAACUGUUCUAAAACUCAACAUUUUAAUAAAAAAAAUAUUAAAUUAUACAAAAAAGUAGUGCUUUUGGUUAGUAGCCUUAUUUUUUUUUUAGGUUUAAUUACACAGAAUUCAUGAUAAAUUAAUGUAUUUCAUAAAAUGUCAUAAAACUGGGGCCCCCAUGGCACCAUCUCAAGGCCCCCAGUUUGAAAACCACUGUCUUAAAUCAAGAUGUAUUUUCUUGAUGAGCAAAAUGACCUAAGAAAAAAGUUUUUAGACAAAAAAAUAUAAUAUUUAAGUACAUUUUAGCUUAAAAAAAACAAAUAAAUCUGCCAAUGGGGUAAGAAAAAAAGAAAUAAGAAAUAAGUUUACUUUUUUCUUAAACGAUACACUGCAAAAAAUGAUUUUCAAGAAAAUAUUUUCUUAGUAAAAAAAUAUCUAAAGAAUUCUUAAAUUUAAGAUGAUUUUUUCUUGAAGAGCAAAACAACCCAAGAAAAUAAGUCUAGUUGAGUGAUUUUGUGCAUAAAAAAGCUAAAAAAAUCUAGAUAUUUUUACUGAAAACAAGACAAAAAUACUAGAGAAAAGUUUUCUUGAAAAUCAAUUUUUGCAGUGUAAAAAAAACUUUUUCUCACCCCAUUGGCAGAUAAUUUGUGCUUACUUACUUGUUUUAAGCAUAAAUUCACUUAAAUUAUAUAUUUUUUGUCUAAAAACUAGACUUAUUUUCUUAGGUCAUUUUGCUCAUCUAGAAAACAUUUUGAUUUAAGAAUUUUUAGAUAUUUCCACUGAAAACAAGACAAAAAUACUAUGUAAAAAAAGUUAUAUUUUUGCAUUGCAGAUCUGGGGCACCAUUUACUUCCAUAGUAUUAUGUUUUCCUUUUAUAGAUUCUUCAAAAUAUCUUCAUUUUCCUUCAGCAGAACAAAUAAAUGUAAACAGUAAAUGAUGACAGAAAGUGAAUUCGCUGGUUUAGGAGUGCAAAGAUGUUUGAUAUAUUUAAUAUCAGGAAGGUUCUUAACCUCUGGCUGGGAUUCUGAUGUGCCUGUUGUCAGAUUAUUGAAGCAACCGCUGUUAUGCAGUCAUUAUCUUCUCUUCCACCUCUCAUCUUACCUUGCAGAAAAAGCUAUAUCAAAUAUAUAUCAGAAACUAUAUAUAUAUCUAUAUAAAAUAUGAAACUCUAAAGUGACCAGCCGUAACUGGACACAAUCUUUGGUCCGGGUUUUCAGGAAGCCGAUACCUCAGAAGAACUCUUGUGAAACAGUGUUUCUUAGCUGGAUAGUCGUGUCAGUACACUAUCAUAACACAAACCUCUUUUUAUAUCGUGUGACAUGUAUGAUGAACCUCUUGACAGCUACACAACCUCUUUCCUCUCCGCUUUCUCAGUACCCAACCGAUGCUCUCCAACUAUACCGAUUAUAACCUGACACAACUCAGAAAAAUGAUUUUAGUUUGUUUGUUUGGGUCAGAAGAAAGUUUCGUUUUAGAAAACUGAAUUACGCCGGUAGUUUGUGAAGGAAUUAUGUUAAGAGUUACAUUAAAGUAUUAUAAUAUACCAUAGUGUAUGAGCAACUACAGUAUAUAUAUAAUGUAACCGCUCUAUUAAUUCUUCAAUGAUUUGACUUUAACCCGUAUGAGUCCGUAGAAAUGAUUCAGACACUUUUGCAUGAAGGGUGCUUAAGAAACAACACACGAGACGAGAGAGGUUUUCUCAGACGCCUUGUCAAGAGGGGAUAUUUGAAAUGCUGUUUCUUUACCAGAAUAUGUGAAAUGUACAUGUUGUAGGUUAUCUUUUACUAGUGUAGCUAAACCUGUAGAACAGAUAUGACGUGUACUACUGAUUUUAACAUAAAUAUACUAAAAAUCUGUAUAAGACGAGAUAUACUGUAUACAGAGAGUGGAGCUUGUUGCUGUAAAAUCCCUUCUUUUGGUUGUUUUUGGACUGAAGAGAAUGCUAAAGUGCUGAUAUAUAUAUAUCGAUCUAUCUAUAUAUCUAUCUCAUGCCCUGGUCAGAUCACAACCCCUCGUAUUGCUGUAAUGAACUGAGGAUUUUCUUGAAUGAUCAUUGUAACAUAGUUCUUUAAUUUGCAGUGAAACAUGGUUUCUUUUUUUUACUGUGGUUAUUCUAGAAGGCAGUAUCCAGAGUUUGGUCUAGAUUUGUGGAGAUGUUGGGAUGUGGUUGUUUCUACUCUGCAUUGGUGCCAGAAUAAACCCGAAUGAAUGUAGUAUUUGCCCAGUGUGAAACAACCACACCCUGACUGUUAGAGAAAAGAAAACUAGUGAGGUUUAUUUCAAUUUUAUCUUUUUGUAUAUGAAAGUAAACAAUAAAUACUGAUAAAGCA